AUGGCAACUCACUCUUCUUCCGCUCUCAACUUCUCUUUUUGCCUGGCAUUAGUCACUUUCACGCUCUCUUCUUUUCAUGCUCAAGCACGAUUUCAUGCUCCACACCCCUCUUUCAACUACUGUGAUACCAAUGAAGACUAUGCUGUAAAGGUGAGUGGGGUGGAAAUAUUACCUGACCCUGUCGAAAGAGGAGUUCCAUUCACCUUCAAGAUCCCAGCUUAUACGCCUGAACCAAUUACAAGCGGGGACUUAAUAUAUGAAAUUUCAUAUGCUGGAGUAGGAGGGCCACCUGCUACAUUUCUCCAUGAUCUCUGUGAGGAAACACCCUGUCCGGUGCCUGCAGGCAACUUUCUACUCGUUCACACCGAAUUAUUGCCUCCAGUUACCCCACCGGGCACCUAUAAUGUGAAGCUGACAUUUAAGGAUCAUCAGGACAAGUUGUUGACUUGCAUCAUCUUUCCCUUCAAAAUCGGUGUUAAAUCUUCAGUAUCUGCUAUCUAA